GAGCAAACAUCGAGACGCAACGAUACUCCAUCUAGCAGUUCUUCCACUCACGUGUUGUAUAUUAUUGAUCGUGAACGUUUGUUUGGCGAAACGAGACGCGAAGAAUGGGAAUAUUUCGCGAAUUUCCAAUAGUUUUCAAUCUUUAUAAAAAGUACAGUUAGCCAUCGUCUAUAUUUCCGAAAUCGCGUCCAUACAUACUUCCUGGUGAUUAGGAAAUAGACGCCGAAUCCUCCGUUACACUAACAUCAAGGUGAUAUUCCGAGUAUAUUCCCUGAGGGAAGAAAACUUUACGUGAAGACAGAAAAACAGCAUCGAUCUCUGAUCACAGAUAGGUAUUAAACAUAUUCUCCGAACAUCGUGCUAAAAUGUCACAGACGUCUGAGAUCAUGGAGCAGAAAGAUGGCCUAAAGGGGAAACCAACUCUCGUUAGACGAGUGUCCGAUAUGUUUAAGGAUGGAAAUUACAGCGGGCCACCAAUGCUAUUCCGGCACGCAUCGAUGCAGAAGAUCCGCCAUUGUUGUCAGAAUCUCAACUUGUUACCAUAUCUUCUCUACUCUUUCGAUAAUUCCAAGUCGCAUCCUCUAGCGCGCAAGGUGCACGUUUACCUCAGCUAUUUUCUUCAGGAGAUCACGAUCAAUCUCCUGGUCACGUACGAGAAUUUGCGUUUAUCUGUGCUGCAUGAAAUCCUUAUCGAGAAACCAGCCGAAGUGCAAAAAGCAAUUCCGGAAGUGAAUAACGACUUUACUAAACUUGCCGCAAGGUUCAACAGGUUUAAAAAGCCGAAGCGCAAGCACUCAUGCUAUUUAACUGCGGCCGUGUAUUUUGUUCCGUUGCUACUCGUCUUUCAAAUGACGACCCUAUGUAGUUUGACGAUUUUUGGCAAGUAUACCCCUGGUUUCAUCUUCCUAGUCACCUCGGUGCUCUUUCUCGGUGGUAUCGCGCUUAAAAUACUGUUACACGGUGCUAUGUUGUACGGCAUGAAGAAUUGUGAGAGAAAAAGAGGGCAGUGAUCUUCCGCCGUUUUCACCGUUGCUUCAUCAUCUAAAAACAAUAGAAGGACCAGAGAAGACUCCGCAUUCGGAGUUCGCGUGUUUCGUCAUGGUACACGGCAUCAAAUGUUACCUUCUGUGCAUAACCGACAGAACAUUAACAUAUGUUAACGCGUUCGCAUUGGUAAAACUCCGAUAGCUUCUUCCAUCUUAACGUAGCCCUUCCUUUUUCACCUAACGUUUCCGAUCAUCGGUUUCAUAUAUGUAUUCUUUCUUUUUUAUACUUGUUAAAGUCAUUAAGCUGGAAUCGCGUAAAUGUGUAGAAUAUACUGUAAAGAAGACAUUUUUAUAAACUAUAUAUGAUGUAUAAGUGCAAUAACGUAUUUUUAAGCGAAAGCACAAUCUUGAUUGUUCUCAAACGUAAUCUCGGAGGACUGUUUGCAUUCUACGACUUCACGACGCAAGUAUUGCGAGUGUUUUUAUCCUCUGCAGCAUAAGACUGAGAAUUAUUUUUUAAUAUAUGUUUGUAAAUAAACGUGCGAGUGAUAUAUGUAUAUGUAUAUAACGCGAAAGGUGGAUUUGUAAAACUGUCUCUCGAUUUGUUACGACAAGAAGAAACGGAUAGGACCCUGAUGUGGCCAUUGAAAGUUACUCUAAUUUGUGAUGAUGUGGGUACAAGUGAUAUUUCACAGGCACUUGCAAUACCACUUAAUUACACAUGAUAAGAGUUAUUUUAUGCGUAUAGAUUCACGCCUUUAGCAAUCAUAUCGAUAUUG